CUAAGCAAGCCCCACACACAUAGAGAAAUCUCAAUCCAAAGAGAGCCUUCUCCACCGCUCUUGCUCGUCCAACCUUCUCCAUCGUCUCACCUUAGGUUUCGCUCCCCGCCGCCGCCGCCAUGAUGCCGCAGCAGCAGCAGCCCGGCAUGGCCCCUCCUCCUCCACAGGCCGCCCCCGGAGCGCCGCCACACUGGGGCGGCAUCCCGCCGCCUAUGGCCCCUCAGCAUCAGUACGCGCCACCACCGACCCAUCAGGCCCCGCCCCCGCCGCAGAUGUGGGGCCAGGCGCCCCCGCCCCCGCCCCCGCCUCAGGCCGCGUACGGUCAGGCGCCCCCGCCGCCCCAGGCCGCGUAUGGCCAGGCGCUCCCACCACCCCAGGCCGCGUACGGCCAGGCGCCUCCCCCGCCACAGGCCGCCUACUACGGGGCGGUACCCGCGCCCGCGGCGGUGGCCGCGGCACCUGUCGGGCCCAGCGAGGUCAGGACGCUCUGGAUCGGGGAUCUGCAGUACUGGAUGGACGAUAACUACAUCUACGGGUGCUUCGCAUCCACGGGGGAGGUGCAAAAUGUGAAGCUAAUUCGUGACAAGCAUACUGGACAACUUCAGGGCUAUGGUUUUAUUGAAUUCAUAAGCCGCGCUGCUGCUGAAAGAGUUCUUCAGACUUACAACGGGACAAUGAUGCCAAAUGUUGAGUUGCCAUUCCGGUUGAAUUGGGCUAGUGCUGGUGAAAAACGUGAUGACACCCCCGACUAUACAAUAUUUGUUGGUGAUUUGGCUGCUGAUGUUACAGACUAUGUAUUACAAGAGACAUUUAGGGCACAUUACCCUUCUGUGAAGGGUGCAAAAGUUGUAACAGACAAGCUGACAAUGCGCACAAAGGGUUAUGGUUUUGUGAAGUUUGGUGAUCCUAAUGAGCAAGCUCGUGCAAUGACUGAGAUGAAUGGCAUGCUAUGUUCUUCUAGGCCUAUGCGUAUUGGGCCUGCUGCAAACAAGAAAGCUACUGUUGUUCAGGAGAAAGUACCAAGUGCUCAGGGAGUUCAGUCUGACAAUGAUCCUAACAAUACAACCAUUUUUGUUGGUGGUCUUGACCCCAAUGUCACUGAAGAUAUGUUGAAACAAGUUUUCACCCCUUAUGGGGACGUAGUCCAUGUUAAGAUUCCUGUUGGCAAAAGAUGUGGUUUUGUUCAAUAUGCUAACAGAUCUUCGGCAGAGGAGGCAUUGGUAAUUCUGCAAGGCACCUUGGUUGGAGGGCAGAAUGUGAGGCUUUCAUGGGGUCGCAGCCCUUCAAACAAACAAGUUCAGCCUCAACAGGACUCCAACCAGUGGGCCGGGGCUAAUGCUGGAUAUUAUGGCUACGGUCAAGGCUAUGAGGCCUAUGGGUACCCCCAGUCUCAGGACCCUAAUAUGUAUAAUUAUGGAGCUGGAGCUUAUGCUGGCUAUCCAAAUUACCAACAACAACCAGUAGCACAGCAACCGCCGCAGCAACAGUGAGAGGUCCAGUGACGCUACUGUCAUUUGGGUGAUUGACGUGGAAAUAUUUAUGAGUUGUAAGAUGAGCUUCGGAUGCAAGCUGGAUUAGGUAUACAGACAUGAUUUUCGUAGUACUCAGAUUCUGAGUUGCCCUCGUAUCAGAGCUUGUGGUCCCAAUAGCCUGCAGCUGCAGCUAAAACGAUCUAUUUUGGUAGCGGAAUGUUUUAUCUGCUUAUUUUGUACCGUGUCUUCCGCUACUGCGGCGGAGCCUUGAUAACUUGCUAUGUUGGAUUUUUCCCGAGUGUUAUCGCAUGAAUGUUGUCAUUUGCCUUGGUGCCAUGUUGGUGUUGGCAAACGAGCGAGCAGAACCUGCAGAUCGAGCAGUACCUGAGCACCAUUUUAACAUGGUUUAACCUUUUUA